AUUCAGAAUGCCUCUUGUCACGAUACAAACAAACGCCAAAUCUGUCCCCAAGGACUACCAGUCCAGAGUUUUUGAAUUCUUCAAGGAGCUUUUCAUCACCCCUAACCUUGGCAUCACCAUUGAAACUGGCAAGGACAUGACCUUCGGAGGUAGUUCGGACCCUACAGUGACCAUCUCUAUCCUGGCUGUAGCACGAUUCCACCCAGACACCAACCCAAGACUACACAAAGCCAUUGCAGAAUUCUUCAGUACCACUUUGAACAUCCCCGUAGAAAAAACUGUUGUCGUUUUACAAAGAACUGCCCCCGUCAAUGUGAGCUUCAACGCCAAGCCGCUGCCCGACUUCCUGGCCAGAGACAGAGACAUCGAGUUCUGGCAGGGAUAGACAAGAAGGCUCCACCAAGUCUACCAAGGGAGAGAAAUAAAACAGCUGGAUGAUAUUUUGACACCACAAGAAUCCUUGCAUUGAGAGAUAGAGUAACAGGACGUCACCAAAAAUGUCUAAUUUAUUUAUGUUCCUCGACUUCAAGCGAUAUUGUAAUUGCCUUGAAGAUGUAAUAAAUACGCAUGUAAGAACCGUCACCGAAGCCGAAACGACACCGAAGCCGAAACGACACCGAGAAGGAACGUUUCCUGAAAGAGGAAACUUCUUCAUUUGGAAUCCAUAUACAUGUACAUGAAACGGCAAUGAAGCUACAUCCUUUUACGCUGUGGCCUUGUAGGGGUUUGAUUCAUCUCGGUGUCGUUUCGUAUCAUUGUAUUUUUUUUAAGAUAUAUUCUGUAAAGCCAUUUUAUAAUGUUAAUUCCAUAGCAGAAAAGACGGCUUAAUUUCUCGAGCUGAACUCUUCCGGAACUCAAGCUUGAAGGAGCGAUUUUAAACUUUAUUGAAGUGUGCGUGUGUGUGGGGGGGGGGGGUCUUUUUACAAGGAAGGUUUAGACAACCCAAACAAAGCUACUUUUGCUUUUUUCAGUUCAAGCUAUAUCGCACAAUAUAGCUAUGUGAUGGUAACCUCCCAAAAAUACAUUCAGUCCUUCAGAACGACUCCCUUGUAUGGCAAACGUGUUUAGUGUACAUAAUCCUUCUUGAAAUUCUGCUUCAAGACGUAAUGAUAUCUGUUUUAUAUAUUACGUUUUUCUCGUAUGAUUGAAGCAAACGUCGCACAGAGAUUCCGAUUCCAAACCGGCGAAAGCAGAUAAUUUAUUAUGCUUUUUCUGGAAAAAGGAGAUGGGGGAAAUUUAUUCAUUGUGAUUAUGUUCUCAAAUCAAAAUUUUGAAUAUUGUUAAGUUAUUCCAAAACUGCUGUGAACAAAUUGAUAUAUUUGUGCGUUUAAAGCGAGAACACCCGACUAUGGCUCAAAUACAUGAAGCGUAUCGUUGAUUUCGAACCUUUUUUUGCGUAUGCUUUAUCACUGGUAAGAGAACUUGCUAAAUAGUUGGUGUUGAUGUACUUGUGCAAAGUUAUGAAAGAAAUCAAAAACUUUCAAAAAAUGGAAACAGGAUUAUGAAUGCAAAAAUGCUUGUUCUGCCAACAACAUACGGCUGGCUAUGGAAAAUGAAAUGGCUAGGAGAAGACAUUGCACUUGUGAUAAUGCUUUUCUGAUAUACUUUGUACAAUAAAAUAUUAUGUUGUUUUUUAAAUU